CUCUCUCUUCAGGAAGUGACGAGCGACGAGAGUGGAGAGGAGAGCAACGCUAUGAACUUAAUGGAGUUCUCGGAUGAGAUCCUUUUGCACAUCCUGAGGUACACCCCGGUCUCAGACCUUGUCCUGAAUGUCCGAAGAGUCUGCCGGAAGCUUUCUGUUCUUAGUCUCGACAAAAGCCUUACCCACUCUGUGACUCUGCAUAAGGACUAUCAGGUGGACAAGGACAAGGUGAAGCACCUGAUGCGGGAGAUUGGCAAGGAGAUUCAGGAGCUGAACAUGAGCGGCUGCUAUUGGCUGCCCGGCUCCACCAUCGACCAGGUGACCCGCUGCAGGAACCUGGUGAAGCUGAACCUGUCCGGCUGCAACCUCACCUCCCUCCGCCUCUCCAAGAUGCUCUCUGCCCUGCAGCACCUGCGCUCCCUGGCCAUCGACGUGAACCCGGGCUUUGACGCCUCCCACUUGAGCAGCGAAUGCAAAGCCACGCUGAGUCGCGUGCUGGAGCUCAAGCAGACCUUGUACACGCCCUCCUACGGGGUGGUUCCUUGCUGCACCAGCCUCGAGAAGCUGCUCCUGUACUUUGAGAUCCUGGACCGGUCGCGGGAGGGCUUGAUUAUCUCCGGCCAGCUGAUGGUGGGCGAGAGCAACGUGCCUCACUACCAGAACCUUCGGGUCUUCUACGCUAGGCUGGCGCCCGGGCCGGUCAACCAGGAGGUGGUCAGGCUGUACUUGGCGGUGCUGAGCGACCGCACGCCCGAGAAACUCCACGCCUUCCUCAUUUCUGCUCCCGGCGGCUUCCCCCAGAGCUGUGCUGUGAAAAACCUCUUGGACUCCAUGGCCCGGAACGUGACGUUGGAUGCCUUGCAGCUGCCCGGGUCUUGGAUGAACGGCUCCAGCCUUCUCCAGCACUUGAAGUUCAGCAACCCUGUCUACUUCAGCUUCAGCCGCUGCAGCUUGUCAGGCAGCCAGCUGGUCCAGAGGGUCCUCAACGGCGGCAAAGACCUCCGCAGCUUAGUUGGACUGAACCUGAGCGGCUGCGUCCACUGCCUGUCCCCCGACUCCACGCUGCGGAAAGCGGAAGACGACAUUGACAGCAGCAUCGCCGAGACCCUCGUCGCCUCCUGCUGCCACCUGAGGCACCUGAACUUGUCGUGCGCCCACCACCACAGCUCCGAAGGCUUGGGCAGGCACCUGUGCCAGCUGCUUGCUCACCUGAAGUGCCUCCUCUCGCUGGCCUUGCCCGUCUGCUCCAUCGCCGACGUGAGCCCAGCGCCCGCCGACAAGCCGUCCGUGCAGCCGGCGACAAACGCCACCUCCCCGAGUUUUGGGAAGAAAGUCCGGAUCGGGGUCCAGACGUAUCCACGGAACUGCUUGGAGCAGGGGAAUUCCAGACCACCCCAGCCCUCCGUGUUUUGGACCCUGCUAGAAAGCCUUCCGUUUCUGGAGCAGCUGGAGCUGAUUGGGUCCAGCUUCUCCUCCGCCAUGCCGCGGAACGAGCCGGCCAUUCGGAACUCGCUGCCUCCUUGCAGCCGGGCCCAGCAUGUGGGAGAUGCCGAAGUGGCCGCCAUUGGCCAGCUGGCCUUCCUGCAGAGCCUCACACUGGCCCAGCUGCCCAAUAUCCUCACAGGCUCUGGCCUCGUUAACAUUGGGGCCCAGUGCCAGCACCUGCGGACUCUUUCUCUGGCCAAUCUGGGCAUGAUGGGCAAGGUGAUGUACAUGCCAGCCCUCGUGGACACGCUGAAGCACUGCAGGUGUUUGAGAGAUCUCAGGCUCGAGCAGCCCUACUUCAAUGCCAACGCCCAGUUCUUCCAGGCCCUGAGCCACUGCUCGUCCCUCCAGCGCCUCUGCAUCGUCUCCCGGAGCGGAUCUCUGCAGCCGGACGCCGUGAUGGCCUUCAUGACCGCUUGCCUCGAGGUCAUCAUGUGCCACAUGUUUACUGGGGAGUCUCUCACAGUUUGCAAAGCCUUGCAGCAGUCCUUGAUAAAGAGCUUUCAGGCCAGCCGGCCCGCCUUGAACGUUGUGGUUUUCCCUCUCCUGCACGAGGACUUGACGGAGGUCAUCCGGGACGUCCCCAUGAUGCACUUAGACGAAAUCACCUUGUUCAAAAGCCGGGUGGCCGAGGAGCCGCCCAACCUGUGGGGGUGAUGGCGUCGCCAGCGCCGCAGCGGAGCGGGAGGCUGGGCACGAGUGCG